AUGGGUAUAGGUAUGCUCCAGAACGAGGAGUUUGCAUUGAAACUCACGUCGAAAAACUUCGUGAUUGGCCCAUACGCAGGACAACAGAUGCGGCUAUCGCCCAUGAUUGAAGGCGCUGGAGGCACCACAGAGGUCAUGAACAUUCUUUUGGAUUGUAUCCGCGUGAAAGAUCUACAAGGAAGUCCAAUUUCAGUGGAAAAAUUGCACGAAGCACAGAAAACACAGGUGGAUGAAAGCACCGAAGUCAUUCAAUGUGGCAGUGCUUCUGAUCAGCUUAGAGUAGGAUCGGGGGGAUUUUAUUUACAACACAAAUCUCAUAGCAAUAAGGCUUUGAGUGAAUACACCCCACUCGCCAAAGAAGCCCUGUCUAAUUGGACAUCCUCCGACGACUGGGUAGUACCUACUGAUUUACCAGCUGCGGUCCUGGAGUGGUUUCAAGGACAAAAGCAUAUCCUAUUUGCGAAUGAGCCCAUCUCCAACUUCCAGGACGUGAGUACCAUUUUUAUGCGGGUGCUUAGGCUGCAGGAGGUUCCCAGUGCGAUAUCCCGCAACUUGUGUGUUUAUUUAAGCAAAUUCUCAGCCAUCAAGAACAGAGCAUCGAGAAGGAUACCCGGCCACAUAAAAAUUACUGGCAUAGCCAUUUUGACGGAAGAGUCGUUGAAUUGGCCUGUCGGCGUUGCCAACAGCGCCUCUCAAACGACAGCACGGCCGAUGAGCGGUCCACCGACCCGGCACUUACAUUAUAGCUAUUCGGUGGUGCAAUUCGAGUAG